AUGGCGGUCACACCUGGUGACAUUCCAGCAACACUGGAAGAUCAGCCCAAUCCUACACAGACCGACUCAGACUCCACCCGCGCUCAAUCGGAAGAGCACUUCGAUCCCAGUGCCACAGAAAAUGGAAAAUUACACGCGAAUCCGCAACCUGUCAACAUCAAGACGAUUAAAGACGACAUCUUCCAGGCAUUAGGGAAUGGAAUGGUCGGCAGGAAGGGCGAAGAGAUAAUACUUCCUGAAGUGGUCGAGAAGAUAUGGACGCAAAACCACCACCGAAAGUUCUACAUCAACCAAUCUUGGUACAAGUCGGAAUGGGACAGGAACAAUUUCAUGGACGAGAUGAUUCAGAUAAUGUCAAUCUUGAUUCGAAUUAGUUUCGAACAUUGGCCGCAGUUUGUCGAAACGUUUGUCAAUCAUGGAGAUCGUCGGGACUGUAACCUUCCUUUCGCCUUGGAAACAUUGCAAGAGGAGGACUUCCUGGGGAUACCUCUGGGAGCGCUCUUCUACGAGAAACAGUUCGCAUUUUGUCCUGUUCCGAUCCCGGAGCAAGAAGAUGAGUUCGUACUGGACAGUGAAAAGCGGCUUCCCUGGAUCGAUGGACCAGAACAAAUAGGGGAAGGCGGCUAUGGAGUAGUCACCAUGCGAACAGUGGCGAAAGGAUUCUUGCGCUUCCAAGAUCGUACCACCAAUCUCGAGCCUAGAGCUGUCGCCGUUAAGACCUUGUCCGGGAAGCUUGCGCUCAAGGAAGAGUUCAAGAACAUGAGGGAGCUGCGUAGAUGCCUCAGCGAUCACAAACGAAUCAUGGUCAAUCUCGUCACGAUGGUAGACCGGUCAAGCCCGACACACAUUUAUCACAUUGUUUACGAAUUGGCCGCGUAUGAUCUCAAUGGCUUCCUCACCGAUAUGCCCUACGAUCUGAGAGCGAAACGUCACGCGACAGCCAAACCAGGAAGAACGGGCUCUAUAUACAUGUGGCCGGGCGACCUGAUUUCAGAAAGUGUCAAUCUCGCCGAUGCAUUGGACUACCUUCACAACCGGCUCUACUCAAAAUCCCAUGUAUCACUGUCCCAUAACGAUAUCAAACCAGAAAACAUCCUGGUAAUAUAUCCGGAAACUACGAAUGAGCAAGAUUGGUAUCCUGUGGGACAGUGGAAACUUGCCGAUUUCGGGCUUUCCGUUGUUAAGAACAAGCGAUCAUCUGACAGCUCUAACAAACACUUGAGCGCAGAUAACGCUUUGUUCAGUCCUUCAAAUCCACAGCAGACACAUAGGACCGAGAGACCCAGUUCUGUGUCGAAGGCCAUGCCUGCGAGAUACCCGGGCCAGUAUACGGCCCCGGAGUUAGAUCAGAAGACACCCCAGAAAGCAGAUGGCAGGAGUGCCGAUGUGUGGUCUUUCGGAUGCGUUCUGUCCGAAAUCAUCACCUAUGCUGUCAAGCUAGACUGUAAGCCGGUCGAGAAGUUUCGAAAGUCACUCGAGCAGAGCGACCCGUCAGAUCCGAAGUUCUACCAUCACGUAUCCAAGGAUGUCAAGCGGGAGUUCCUCGAACAUCUUGAUACACUACCGGCUAUGGCUCGCGAAGAUACGCGCACCCCCAGCAAUACCCACUGGACCGCCUCCUGUGUCGAACUCAUCAAAGAAAUUGUGGUGAAAGAACCCAAAGAUCGACUUGGGGCAAAAGGAAUCCGACCCAGGCUCAGCAAGAUUGAGCUAUCAAUGCGGCCCGAGAAACACAUAUGGCUCAACCAUAGUUUACCACCUUUAGUAGUGGACGCAGAUACUGUGAACGCAGAGUCCGCGUUGUCUUGUCCUACGAGUGCUAUAUCGCAAAGUCCGACGGACAUUCACGAUUCUGAUCACAGCAAAGACGAAUCAAUAUAUAGGGUGCCAACCAUAUCUGUUGAUCCUCCGGAGCACACGGACUCAGAGGUAUCGCGGCCUACACACCUUGGCGACAACGAAAGACGGAGGGCGACAGCGCCUAGAUGA